AUGAAUAGAACUAAUAACGCAAACUCAAUUUCAAACACCACUGAUGAUAAUCUACUGCUAUUUCGCCCUACUUUUACCUUUUUAUCGUACAAUUUACUUUCUCCAUAUUAUAUGUGGCCCCAGGUUUACACAUAUGUUCCAAAUCAAUAUAAAGAUUGGCAAUAUAGACACAAGCUAUUGGAGGAAGAACUAUUUUAUAAAUAUAAAGCCGAUAUUAUGUGUUUGCAAGAAUUAACUUUAAAAGACUAUGAUGCUUUUUGGAAGCCAACAAUGAGUACCAAAUUUAAUUACGGAUCAAAUUAUAUAAAUAAACCUCCACCUAAAUAUUGGGAAAAAACUAGCCAAGAAAUGGAUGGUGUGGGCAUUUUUUAUAAUAGAGAUAAAUUUGAGUUUUUAACCUGUCAUGAUAUACAUUUAAAUGACAUAUUGGGUAUUUUCAAUUACAAGGAAAUGGAAUAUCUAAAUAAUUAUCAAGUUACGUUAACUAAUGCUCAAGGUGAAGCAAUUGGGGAAAAGUCACUAUUGAAAAUAUUGGUGGAAAGAAAUCAAGUGGGGUUAUUUGUUUCUUUAAAACAUAAAGAAUCAGAUACAAUUUUUAUUGUUAUCAAUACGCAUUUAUACUGGAAAUACGAUCCAGUAAAGUUAACACAAUGUCUUAUUUUAAUGAGAAAAUUACAACAGAUUAUUAGAUAUCAUCUAACAGUGGAAGCUGCCACAUAUAGUCAAAUUAAAACCAUCUUUGCAGGUGACUUAAAUUCAGAGUUAAAUUCUAAGGUAAUACAAUUUUUAAGAGGGAACAUUAUUGGUUUAGAAAAUAGCAAUGCCAAAGGGGGAUCCGGAUUUACUUUGGUGAAUCCAAUGAGAUCAUAUUUAAACACUUGUUUGUAUGAUAUGAUACCAGCUGAUGCUUAUAUAAAUACGUGCUAUUCAGGGAAAUUAAAGGGUAUCUUUGAUUAUAUAUGGUUUGAUAAGAACGAUUUUGGAAUAUCAAAAGUAUUAACUGGGUACGGCAUCAAUGAGGAGUUAAAUACGAAUAAACAGUUAGGGUUGCCAAAUGGGGACCAUCCGAGCGACCAUAUUCCAAUUUGGUGUGAAUUUGAAAUUAAAUUACCUAAACAACUGCAAUCAACACCAAAGACCAAAUUGUAG